AAUUACUUCCACUUGAUACAUCGCGAAACGCGCGACGAUGAGAGUAUAGUUGAACAGUUCGAAAGUUACGUACUUCCUCACCAACUAAGCAAGAAACAACUAAUAUACAAAGAACAAUGACGAAGGUGGACGCAACUCUUGAUACCAUCCUCUUACAGAUCGGAGAGUUUGGGAAUUACCAGAAACUGGUCUUCGGCCUUUUCAGUAUCGCAGUUAUUUUUCACUCGGCCGUUCACAUCGCCUUCGUCUUCAGCGCAAAAGACGUGAAUUACAGAUGUGAAAUUCCUUCGUGCGAUAACAACGGCUCAACUGAAUUUCAACCGGAAUGGCUCGGUUACGCAGUUCCUUUCUACGAGCAGAAACCGUCAAAAUGCGAACGCUUCAGUGUUCUGAACAGUACGGCUAAUUUGGAGUGCAAACCUGAAGAAUUCGGUACAGCAGUUGAAAAAUGCGAUAGUUACGUGUUCGGAGAACCCGAGAUCACCAUCGUACAAGAUUUUGACUUGUAUUGCGAGGACAAUGUUUGGAAGCUCACCCUCAUAGGAACGAUCAACAAUAUCGGCCAAUUCGUGGGCCUGACCAUAUCAGGAUUAUGCUCGGAUAGAUUUGGAAGAAGAACCGUUUUGGUUCUUGGGAUGUUGGGAACGGCAACCUGCGGAAUCAUUCGAGCCUUUUCUCCAUCCUACAUCUUCUUCGCAGCCUUCGAAUUCUUGGACGCAGCUUUCGGAGCGGGAACAUAUGCGUGCGGAUUCAUUUUAGGCGUCGAAUUGGUUGGACCAUCCAAGCGAGUGUUGAGUGGAACUAUAAUAUGCUGCUGUUACGCAAUAGGCGAAAUCCUAGUGGCUUUGGUAGCUUGGGCAACUCAGUCUUGGAGACCUCUGCUUCUUGCAAUUUACAUUCCACCUCUGCUGCUUAUUUCCUACUUCUGGAUCACGCCAGAAUCUAUAAGAUGGUUGAUUAGCAGAGGACGUAUCGAAGAAGCGCAGAUCAUUUUAAGAAAAGCGGCCAAAUUCAACAAGAAGACGAUCAGCGAAGACGCUUUGGAGAAACUGCGUAUCAUUGAGGAGAACAAAGAGGAGAAGGUCAAAGAUCCCAUCUUCCUGGUCUUCAAAUCAGUACCUCUUCUGCUCAGAUUCAUUAACUGUUGCAUCUGCUGGAUCACCUGCGCUUUCCUCUUCUACGGUCUCACGUUAAAUUCCGUCGCGUUAAACGGAAAUCCCUAUUUGGAUUUCAUCCUCACUUCUCUAGUUGAAAUACCUGCAUAUUUGAUGACUUACUUCACAGUGGAUCGUUGGGGAAGAAGGACGUCACAAUUCAUAUGGUUCCUUAUGACUGGCGUCAGUUGCUUCACUUUCAUCUUCACUGGUACUGAUUAUCACUGGGUGCAAUUGACUGUUUACCUUUUGGGGAAAUUCGGUGCGACAGCAGCUUUCACAGUAAUCUACAUAAUAACGAGCGAGAUUUUCCCCACACCUUUGCGACAUUCCUUGAUGGGAGCCUGCUCGAUGUUCGGAAGGAUAGGAUCCAUGGUCUCACCGCAGAUGCCUUUACUCAGUCAAAUUUGGAAACCAUUACCUCUAGUCCUAUUUGGAAUUAUGGGAACCAUCUCAGCAUUCUUAUCACUUCUCUUCCCUGAAACACUGAAUACGAAGCUACCCGAUACGAUUGAGGAGGCUAUCAACAUUGGAAAAUCAACAGAAGAAAUACCUCAGAUCAAAAAUAAAUAAACUGUGAUUUAUUUAAUUCCCACGAUACAAUAUCGAAAUCUUACACACAUUAUUAUCAUUUUGUACAUAUUUUAUAAAU